AUGCACAUAAUUCCUCUUUCAUGUCGGAAUACCGCCCACUCUGGAAUCGUAUCGCCUCUGGAUUCACGCGCAUCUCUUUCGGUUGAUGACGACGACGACGCGAUGACAUACCGGUAUAAAAGUGAGUUUCGCUGGAUGCGGCACGUUAUACGUGCACAGGACCACGAGAUACGUCUUGACGUUGUUCAGAGUAGCUCAUGGUUGAUCGAGUCAUUGGAUCGAUACUUGCCGUCAAUUGCAAAGUCAUUCACAGACAAAUCUGAUCCGUUACAGCAAGAUAACGAGGAACAACAGACAUUAAAGGUGGUGCAUCGACUGGAUAUGAACACGUCGGGGGUGCUGGUGUUAGCACGCUCUCGACUUGCAGCUGCCAAAUUCUUCCAACUACUGCGACAUGGUGCCGUGCAAAAAACGUAUGAAGCGCUAGUGUCAGCAGCAAUCUCACCCUUAUCAUCAGAUAACAACUACAGCAUGUUGAAGAAGUUUGAGGACGAGAGAUUAAACACCAUGUAG